UCAAGUGGUCAGUGGAGCCAAGAAGAUAAAUCGUGACACAACUACUGAUAAUAUCAAAGUGUUAUUUUAUCCACUGAGGUCGACAAAUAGGUUUUGGAAAGGAAGCAGCCAUGUUUGUGUUGUGCUCAGUUUCCUCUCUCGGCCGCGAGUAACAGGACCCGUAAACGAAAUAAAAAAACUUCUGCAAACAAAACAAUUUGCGCCCUUUAACGCUGGAGAAGUAAACAAAACACAAAAGUUAUAAAAAGACCACCACCGGGAUUUUCUACUCGCUGGUAAUCUCAGCUGCUUGACUCCGCCCUUUCCUGUCUGGGAGGCUCGUGUCAGACCUCCAUCACUUUCCCUUUACACGCCUCCCUGCAGCCGAAUGAGCAGGUGACUGUGGAUUUACGCCGAACGCUGAGGACGAAGAUUUUAAAUUACUGAAGAUCUUUUCUUUUUUCAAUCAUGUUCUGAUUGGAUUUAUUAAUGCACGAGUCAUGGCUUUGUUAAUGUCUUCCCCUGUGAAGACGGCUGUGUAGUAGAUCUCCACCAGUUUAAUUUCAAUUCCAAAACAACUUGCAAGAGAACUGUGCCAACAUGAUGAAGAAGCAAGUGGAGGUCAGGAUGGACGAGAGCCACCUGGAGCCCAUCGUGAAAGAUCCCGAGGGCAUGUGUAGCAGUUUCUGUGACAAAGUCAUGAAGCACAUGGUUCUCACCCUCACCAUCCUCGGUGUGUUUCUGGGCUCCAUCGCUGGAAUGCUGCUGCGGCACAUAUCUCCUCUGCCCGCUGAUGUCAUCAUGAUCAUCGCCUUCCCGGGGGAGAUCCUCAUGAGGAUGCUGAAGAUGCUGAUCCUGCCGCUCGUUGUUUCCAGUCUGGUCACAGGACUCGCCGGUUUGGAUGCCAAAUCCAGCGGGCGCCUGGGCACCAGGGCCAUGGUGUACUACAUGUCGACGACGGUGAUCGCAGCCGUCCUGGGAGUGAUCCUGGUGCUGCUCAUCCACCCCGGGAACCCCAAGCUAAAGGCGAACCUCGGCCAGGGCAAGAAGAACGACGACGUGUCCAGCGUGGACGCUUUCUUCGAUCUCAUCCGCAAUCUUUUCCCGGAGAACCUGGUGCAGGCCUGUUUUCAGCAGAUCCAAACAGUAACCACUAAAGUACCAGUGCCCACCAACAGGACCAAGGCACCCCCACAGUUCACAGUGAAAAGGUCGCUGCAGUUCAAGAGUGGGAUGAAUGUCCUGGGUCUGAUUGGGUUCUUUGUGGCGUUCGGAGUCAUUAUGGGCAAAAUGGGAGAAAAGGCCAAGAUGAUGCUGGAGUUUUUCAACGUCCUGAACGAGAUCGUUAUGAGGCUCGUUAGUGCGAUUAUGUGGUACUCCCCGUUCGGUAUCGCCUGCCUCAUCUGCGGGAAGAUCAUCUCCAUCGCCGACCUGGAGGUGGUGGCGAGGCAGCUGGGGAUGUACAUGGUCACCGUCAUCGUGGGCCUCCUCAUCCACGGAGGCAUCUUCCUUCCGCUGAUAUAUUUUGUGAUAGUAAAAGAAAACCCCUUCAAGUUCUUCAUGGGAAUAUUCCAGGCUUGGGUGACAGCGCUCGGAACAGCGUCCAGUGCCGGCACCCUGCCCGUCACGUUCCGCUGCUUGGAGGAGAACCUGGGCAUCGACAAGAGGGUGACACGGUUCGUGCUCCCCGUGGGCGCCACCAUCAACAUGGACGGCACCGCGCUCUAUGAGGCCGUGGCGGCCAUCUUCAUCGCUCAGAUGAAUGGGAUCCAGCUCGACUGGGGACAGAUCAUCACCGUCAGUAUGACAGCCACCCUGGCCAGUGUCGGAGCAGCCAGUAUCCCCAGUGCGGGACUCGUGACCAUGCUCCUGAUCCUCACGGCGGUGGGGCUGCCCACUCAGGACAUCAGCCUCCUGGUCGCUGUCGACUGGCUGCUGGAUCGUUUCCGGACCUCGGUGAACGUGGUGGGCGACUCGUACGGCGCGGGCAUCGUCUACCACCUCAGCAAACACGAGCUGGACUUGUUUGACGCCCAGCAGGCCCGGAUGGACGAAUUCGAGAUGGCAAAGACACAAUCCUUCUAUGAAAAUAACAGCAACCAGAAUGUAUACACUAACCACAACUCAAUCUUGAUAGACGACUCCAAGGUCACCAUGGGGAAAAAUGGCAAGACUACAGACUUCUCUCUUGUUGAGGAGGAACCAUGGAAAUGCCAGAAAUAAAGCAGACUCAGAUGCUGCUGCGCCUUACCCUGAGUUCCACCAUCUUUUACUCCUCUGCUGACGACACUAGAAAAAAAACUACAACCCAAAAAAAAAAAUAUAUCAUAUGCAAAAAGAAGAAAAAAUAAAUUUAGCAGAGUCAACAGUUCUGCAAGAACAGAACAAAGUCGGACAUUUGUUUUGUUUUUGGUCAGUUACCCGUCCGGGGAGCUACCGGGACAAACCACACGAGACUCACCAACCUGUAUUAGAUCUUUGGCUUUUGCACCAACUGGACACAAACUGCAUUGAACGGGUCACGCACUCGUUCCAGAAGAAUAAAAAAAAACCCUCGCUUGACAACACUCAGGGCCUUACUCGGUGCUGCUUCGAGAGCAUGGGAGGAGUGAACAGUGCUUCAUGUGGCAUUAUGAUGUAAGUGCAAGAAGGUUAAAUACUGCUAUUACCUUUGACUGUUUGACUUAUGAGAUUACGCCUUGGUCGUCAUGGUCAAGCCUAAGAAGCAAAGCUUAGGACUUAGGACCAUAAGGGGAGAAGGGGCGUGGCCUCUAAAUGUGGUAACAAACAGUACAGGAUGUUUUGCAAAGAGCUAUACAGCCAGAGGAUAGAGUACGACAAGGGUGCCCUCCCUGUUAUGUAUUUAUUGACGUAUUUAUUUUUUGUAUAUAUGUUGUUUAUGAGUGAAGCACUGCGAUUCUUCUGUUUGUAGUAAAAAAAAACAAAAAACAAAACAAAAGUAUGCCUGUGUACUUGAGUUUAUGUGUUUCUGAGAGGGGAAGAGAGAGGGAGGGGGAGAAAGUUUGAACGGAAGCUUGUGAUUGUGAUGUCUCUCGAACUCUCAGCAGGCCGGUGCAUUGCUCUGUGUUGUUUCAAACUGUUUAUUUCUUUGCUGUUAUACAACCUUGCCUUGAAGACGUCAACUGCCGAGCGCAGUCAGUAUGAUUUCUGGAGAAAAGUUACUCCGGUUCAUGAAUGACAGUUUAGCAGAGGAAAUUUAAAACAGCUUUCCACCUUCCGGCUUCACUGACCUCUGGGUGAGGACGGCUGGGCCUUCCUCACCACAUAUCAACUUGGAUUCAGCAGAUUUUUAAGUUUUCUUUCGCACAGUAGACAUAACAAGGCUUGCAAUUGCAUGUAGAGUUAAGAAGCUUCGGUUAACGUUUGUUUAGCGCACACUAACUUCUGCCUCCAGUUCUCGUAUGAAUCAGAAGCCGUAACAACAAGGUCGUUGGAUGUUGAUGCUGUAUUUGUACAUGUUUUUGAGUUUAAGUCUGUGUAACAACCUGAAUUAUUUAUUUCUCUUUUCAUAUAAGUGACAGCUUAUAUGUUCAUGUUUAAAGUGCCUCCUUGCACUUUGUGUAUAUGCUUUCUUUAGAUAACGUUUAUAAACAUAUGUAUAGAAUUUGACUUGUUUUUUUGCUAUGCUAAAAGUUUCUAUAAAGACCAUAGCUCUCUCUCUCUAUUUAAAUAUAAAUACGUAUGUGUGUAACAAUGUUAGUACAGUGGAAAUGUUCUUUUAAUGGGCCACUAGUUGUGACAGGUUGUGAACGUAGGGUGAUUUAUUUUAUAACCAUACAUUAGUUUUAUGUUUUUAAAGCAACACUGUGUAACUUUUACCGAACAACAGCGCCCCCAUGUGGUGGUUUAUUCUGUUGGGCUCCUUGUCAGAGCGAUGAAGUGGUUUUUUCAUGUAGAGAAAAAUGUGUUGAGUGGAGCUCUGACUGCGUCGUCCCGCUCAUUGAGCUGAAACACAACGGAACGCUGGAGAUUACCCACGAUCCCCGGCUUCCUGCCGCUGUAACAAAUCCACCAAACUCUGUUCAGAAUUCUUCAUAUUUUAAAAGUUUCCUGCUGAAUAUUGGAGAUAAACUCUGUUUUUUAAUGACUUGUAAGUCUUUUUAACUGAUCUACAGUUCUUUAUUACUCUUUAAAAUGGGCUGGACGUGAUUUUGACAAUUUAAGCUUCGACUAUCGCCCUUUUUCCAAACCCACCAACACCUGCUAACAUCUGGCUGUUGUCUGCAGUGGGAAUGGAAACGUUUUAAUCGACUCCAGACGUUUCCAUCUGCAGUGAUGAAAACGUCUCAGUUCUCGGUGCGUUAUCGACGUGGAAAACGACGUCACAGGGGAUCGUACCCAAAGUUACAUAGAGCAAGGAAACAUUCUCCCUUUUCCAAGUCAGUGAACCAUCAAACUCCUUUUGAAGCUGUGGUUUUUAAGGAGAAAAAGUUGCAUGUUGUUGCUUUAAGAGAAACGACUGAGAUCCAAGCGGUUGUCACAGAGGAAAUCUGUCUCUUGACAACUUUGUAUUGCUAUUGAUUCACUGCAGAUGUAGUAUUUUAAGGUUAUGCAGUGUUGUGUGCAUGAUAAUAUUGGUGCUGGCAACUACACUUUGUCUGCAUGUCGUUGACCUCGAAGCUCAAUCAUCACCUACCUGGAAAAUCUGAAAUCUGGAGAAAAGAAAAACAAUCGUAAAUCAAUUACACCAAUUUUCCAUUGAUUCCAUUGGUCCUUUUCCUAGAUAAGAAUAUGCUGUUAGUCAGCUGGCCGAGUGUGUUUAGUGUUUUCUAUGAAACAGGUACAGUUGUACAAUCUUUAGGAAAUAAAAGUUGUGUUUUCUAUCUUUUUCUCUUUGUUUCUAUGCACAUAUUGGUCCCAGAACGUUUUCAACACCUCUCCUAGUGUCGGACUUUCAUUGUAAUGCACGACUUCUUUCUGACGUUGACUGACUACAUGCUAAUGCCGGAUUGACCGCACUUGUUCUACAUGAGCUACAGCAGAGCACAGAAACAUUUCUCAGGCUGAUGGACUGGAAACGUGUACAUGCUUUAAUACCUGUGUGUGUGUAAAUAUUAAUGGGAACAAAUAAAUGUUUAUUGAAUGA